AGCUUCAACCCGAGCAACUCCCCAACUCAUCGACUCUUUAAGACGAACAGCUGCUGCUGUAAACGUGACUCCUGUCUCCUUCUUAUAUACUAUUCGCACAAGUUUUCCCUGUGAUCAUUCCUUCCCCGAAUCACCGUUCUGGGUCAGAGGGGAAAAUAUAGCUCGGUACAGUACUUGUUUUAUCCCACUGGAGCAUAAACACCACUGCUCUAGCUUCAUUCCCUCCAUACUCACCUCCACCACUUCGAUUCCUACAUCCGAACAAGCCUAGAUAACCUCACCCAGCGCCACUCCACCUGUACACUGCCCUUGGGAGACUAUAGAAUGACGAGCAGGAUUCUAUCUCAAAUAUUCAACCAGAACUCUGCAAGCAUAUACGAGACCCUCCGCCAGCAUGACGCAACUGACAACUCGGAUGACGAUGAUGAUCUCGAAGAGCGAGCCGGUAUGCUGGCCCUGGAUAAUGACUCAGACUUGCCACCACCGGACCUCCAGGACAGCUUGGAGGAUAGCAACUUUGAGCUAGAGCAACAGCCCCCCGCUCCCGCAGAGUCUUCAUUCAUGGCUUCAGAGAACAACCGGCGACCUUACUUUUCCUCGAUGAGCAGGUCUAAAAAGAACAUCUACGCUCCGCCUCGGUAUAGAGACGAAGAGGAGGGUGAUGACGAAGUUCCUGCAUCCCUGUUGUUGGAGGUGGGGGCAGGACCCAGUAAGAGGAGGGGUUCGACUGGUGGAAGGAGUGGAGUGGCAGGGCCCGCACUGCGAGCCGUGAGAAAUGAGCCCUUGCCGAAUACCUGGGCUGCUACUGGGUUGGAAGGGCAUCAAGCUAGGGAAGAGCGAAGAGGCGACCGGAGACACCAGAAUGAAGGAAAAGAUUUCCGACGGCAGGCCAGGUUAGGAUUGAUUGACCCGAAAGAGCGUGCUCUGUGGAAGUGGGCAAAUGUUGAGAACUUGGACAACUUCCUCAACGAUGUGAGUUACUCUUUGUCUAGGCAUUAGGUAGGUACUGCGGUUGGCUAACGGUUGCAGGUUUACGACUAUUUCCUCGGGAAGGGAAUUUGGAGCAUUGCCCUGCACCGAUUGCUAAAUCAACUGUAGGAACCCUUCUUUCUGGUUCAUAUAGGAGACACUAAUCUCUUGAUAGGACGCUUGUUUUUGUUGUUGGGUUUACUACAUUUAUGAGUCUCUGUGUUGAUUACAAGCUCGUACCUGAUCGCAAAAAGCUGUCAGAAGUGAUCAGCCCUCACUGCAUGAGCCAGUAAGCUCCCAUGUCCGCGCUUUCCACACGUCUGGCUUACCCGAGAAUAGGAUGUCUGGUGUCACGACGCUUUUCAUGUGGGCAAUUUCCUUCUAUUGGGUAAUUAAGACAAUUCACUACGUUCUGGACACUCGACGUCUGUGGGAUAUUCGGAACUUUUAUAAAUAUCUCCUCGAGAUACCAGAUAGUGAUAUGCAGACAGUGACAUGGCAGGAAGUGGUUGCCAAAUUGAUGGCUUUACGGGAUUCAAAUCCCACGACAUCAGGUGCUCUUCGACGCCGGCAUUUUAGCAGCCAAUCGAAGCAGCGAAUGGACGCCCAUGAUAUCGCUAACCGGCUCAUGAGGAAAGAAAACUACCUGAUUGCCCUCUUCAAUAAGGAGAUAUUGGACCUCACUAUCCCUUUCCCAUUCUUGCGGAACCGGGGAACAAUGUUGACCAAGACCCUGGAAUGGAACCUUAGCUUAUGCAUUCUCGAUUACGUCUUUAACGACCAGGGGCAGCUGAGAACCUUGUUCCUUAAAGAGAGCCACAGAAAGAUCCUUAGUGACGGGUGAGCUUUCUUCCGGAUGAAAGGCGAGAUGAGUCUCGUACUAAUUAGUCACAGACUGAAACGACGGUUCCUGUUUGCUGGUGUCAUGAAUAUCAUUUUUGCUCCCUUCAUCCUGACGUAUCUAUUACUUCUAUUUCUUCUCCGCAAUGUCAACGUUUGUGCUUACUCUACACCAAUCCCUGCCGAGUCAACCACAGUUGACGUGAUAUUAGGAUUUCAUCAAAACACCCGCUAGGAUUGGGCACAGACAAUACACACCACUCGCGGAGUGGAAGUUCCGGGAAUUCAAUGAGCUGUAUCACAUCUUCCACAUGAGGCUGAAUAUGAGCUACCCCGCUGCGGAAGCAUAUGUCGAGCAGUUUCCUAAGGAAAAGACGGCACAAGUUGCAAGGUAAUUUCUAACCGUCCUCGAGGGCUGGGGGCGGAUAUUUACUAUAUAUAGGUUCGUUUCGUUUGUUGCUGGAUCUCUAUUGGGUGUCCUUGCUAUCGCCUCAAUAAUUGAUGGCGAUUUAAUACAAGGAUUUGAGAUUGUUCAGGGGUUGAAUGGGCUCACAGCGAUUGCUACCCUCACCACCAUUGUGGCCGUUAGUAGAGGAAUGCUUCCAGAGGAAAAUACGGUCUAUGAUCCAGAAUGGUCUAUUAGGAAUGUCAUACAGCAUAUACAUUAUAUGCCCGACCACUGGAAAGACAAGCUACGCACUGACGAUGUAGGCGCUCUUGAGUAACGGUGGAGCUCCGCGGCUAAUAGUUUGUAGAUUAAGAAAGAGUUCAUGUCUCUGUACGACCUUAAGGUGAUGAUAUUCCUUGGAGAAGUCAUGAGUGUCAUUUUCACACCGUUUGUUCUUUGGGUCUCGCUUUCAAACCGUUCGGAAAAGAUUAUCGACUUCUUCCGAGAGUUCACUGUUCACGUUGACGGCAUUGGAUACGUCUGCAGUUUUGCAGUUUUUGAUUUCCAAAAACCCGGUGUACGCUGCAUCUCCCCAAUUCCUGCGAAGUCUCAACUAAUGGAUGUUGGUCUUUUAGCGCCAAAGUAUGGCUGACUUACGUGAGGAGUAUUUCUCAUCCAAGGACAACAAAAUGCUCUCCUCAUAUCUUGGUUUCAUGGAUCAGUACCACGGCCCGCAGAACAAAGGAGGAGCAAAUAAACGCCAGAUGUCAAUGCGCAAUUAUAUGUCUCCCGUGCUGAACGCCCAGACUGGCAAAGGAAGGGAUGGCCGCGGUGAUGGGCGCCAGGACAUACAACUAUCCAUCCACCGAGACAGCCCCGGAAGAAUGCAAGGUUCUCAAUUACUCCAGUCCUCCCUCUUAGACCAACACCACCAACCACCGCCUUUCAUGGGGAGGGCCACGAGACACCCUAUGUUCCACCUACCCACAGCAGAAUCGCUCCGGGAAGAGGAGGAGGAGGAGGCUACACCGUCUACCGACAAGCCCAGGGAGCACUACCGCAGCAACCUCGGCGAGUCAUUCAUGUCCACCCGCGUAACGGGCACCAUGAUGGCUACGCAGGCGGAGGAUGAAGAGGAGGAUCAACAGGCGGGGCCACAUAACGCUGGUGUGCUGGACCUGCUAAAUCAGUUUGUAGGCGUGGAGGGGGCGGGGAGGACGGGGGUAAUUUGAUUUCCCCCCGCUUCUCUCCCACUUUUAUGGCGCCUUUUCUCUUUGCUUCCCAUUAAAUCGUAUUUUCUCGAUCGGGACUUCUUCCCCCCCCUUUUGUUGCUGUUGUUGCAGCUGAGUGUGUGACUAUCAUGGGCAUUACUGGCUGGUAAUGGGCGUUUUUGCGUUUCUUUUCCUUAUCUUUCUUCCCGUUUCGUUAGAAAUAACGCGGCGGUUACGAUUACAUUGGUAAUGACCGGUGAACAAUGAAUGGCGAAACUUGUGUACGAUGUUACGUUCCUGCUCCUUUCCCUUUUAUCACAGAACUAUUAAAUCCGGGUUUCGGGCGGUUGUCGUUGCUAGCUAUGGGACGCACUAUAUGGAAAGAUCGGACAGGGGUUGAAGGUUCCUUCUUGCAGGCUUUGUACUUGUGGCAGGAUAUGUAAAUUACCAUGGAAGGUAUAGCACGAGAAGGUGAAAAGGGUGAGCUCGCCGACCCCGUUCACACCAUACCGUGCUCUUUUGGACAAAUUGACGGGCUCUCGUGCCUGACAGGGGCGGUUAGAGUUAGAAACCGAGUGAUAGGCCAUGUACGGGUUGACCAGGCAGCGAGAUUUUAGACAAUAAAAGCCGGGGCGGCCAAUGGCUUAAAUCUCGACAAGGUGCUGAGAUGGACAAGCUACUCUAUACGCUAGUCAGCUCGUCCAUAGCUCUGCUAACACAUCCCUACUUUACACAGCAGCUCCCAUUUAGAUAUCCGCUCCAUUUGCAAAUUCUCUCCGCUCCUGGCACAAAUACCGGUAGCAGGCUGGCAGGCACAGCUAGCUGCCCGUACAAUAUCCAGGCUCUGCUCGUAGUGGGACUGCAAUGGCCCGUGUUUCACGGAAGCUUGCUGCUUGUAACUGAGCCAACGGUGGGAUGAUCCCCUCUCUCCUAUGGUGCGAACAAGGCCGACGAGCUCAUCCUUUUCACCUUCUCACACCGUACACCAUACUCGGCUGCGUCAUAUAAUAUCGGUUGUGCCCCCCCCCCUCUUUCUUUUCUUUGGCAGGGGCCUUUGCCAAAGUAUGGAACUCGGACCCCGCGAUUUUUUAUUUUUUUUGAAGGCCGCGUUUUGUUGGGUAGUGUGUGUUUUUUUCUUUUGGUGAAGAGGUUUUUGAGAGAAGCUCGUUGUGGGUAGUGAUACUUGGGCUUCUUCU